UCGUGCUGAGCAGACGCUCAUCCUCCCCGUACUUGGCUUUAAAAUUUCUUGUUGACUCGACUUAAUAUUAAUAGGUUACUUACACUAUGUACUGCUAUAGUGAUGAAAUUUUGUGCACUAAAGGAUUAUUUCACGUGGUGGAAUAACAUUGGAACCUUGUUGAUUAGCGGUGUUUUGUUUUGGCGAAGGCAGUUGCGGAGGCUCGAUGUGCUGGCUCGGUAAGUCCCUUUCCCUGAAUCACACUGUGUAGGAUGGCGCCCGGAGCUCACUGACGGCUGACACUUUCACGGAAGGUUGCGACGCCGCUUAUAACUGGAAAUGGGCCCAGGAAACGUUAUGAACUGCUAGUGAGUGAUGAGGAGUGGUGCCUGUACUUGACUCUUCGAAAGAUGUGCACUUGUUGAUUCCCAGCCCUAUCGUCAGACCACGGCGCUCACCCUACCCACUUCACUAUUAUCUUCUGCACACCAUCUACCAAACUCACUUGUCUAAGACAAUGAACAUCAACAUGGCAGAGGAAGAGCGCAUGUCACCCGAUCUGAUGGGCAGCAUGGGCUCAGAUCCCCACCAGUCAUCACACUCCCCGUCCCCCGAGGAGCCCCGUGACCUAAGCAUUAAACGCAAGAUGCGUCCAGUGCCUCCUCCGCUAGACCUAAGCAAGAGAAAUUUGGAGCCAGAGGCCAUGAUUCCCGAGUUUGCAGCCAUCACCACCACCAGCCCAAAGUCACCACUUACACAAAAGAACUUACCCCUUAGAAAAAGUAUCUUGUAUCAUUACAGAGCCCACAGCUGGUCAUUUCAACUGGAAGCUCAAGGUCUCCAACUGCCAGCUACAGCAACUCAAGGAGUAAUCAGAUCUACAGCUGAGGUGCGCGAGCCGUCUACAGGGAUACCAUCCUCGUCAUCGUCUUCAUCUUCAUCAUCGUUAAGAAUUCCUGGACUGCCCACUCCACAUACACCUCAUACCCCUCACCCUCACUCUGCCAUCCCAGUAAUUACUAGUAGAUUUCCAUUCAGUGAGGGAAACUCUAAUGGCUCAUCCUUUGGUACUGGAGAUAUGUCUGGUGGAACACAGGGCCCCCUAAAUUUGUCUACAGCUGCUAUAGGGGGUCUUCCUUCCUCCCUUUUGUCUCCAGCACCAUCUCAUCCAUCCACAUCAUCCCUAAACUCCUCCAGAGAGGAGUUAGAGAAUGAGGGAAUGAUAGCAGAUUGUCACGUGUCUUAUUCCCAUGUGCCAUCACCACAUAUGCCCUCUCCGCACCACGUGUCUCCGCACUUACCUUCUCCUCAUCUCCAGGGUGGCCCAAUGGGACCACAAGGUCUUAGUGGCCUUGGACAUUCAGAUAGAUUGGGACCAGGUUCAUCACCUUGUCCUUCAUCAAUAUCUCCUCAGCCAACAUCAGGCCAUCAGUGGCCCACAAAUGUAUGGUCUGUCUUCAUGUCAGGAGUACGUGUUCAUUUUGUUUUGGGCGGAGGUGGUCAAGUAACUGGAGCAAGACUGAGUGAGGAACUGGGUCAAUUAGAACGAACCCAUCAACAGCGGUAUGCCCCCCAUGGCUUGCAUCUAAUGCGUAUUCUUCACGAGGGAUCAUCAUCGCACAUGUCUGGUCCACCAAGUUAUUGCCAACUAUAUUUUCGGCCUGUCAUGGUACAGCAGGAAGAUAUCAUGGUCAUCACACCUCCUGAUCAUCCAUUCUAUGUACAUGGAAAAGGGUGGUGCAGCGUGUUCCCAGAACGUACAAGUGAAAGGUAUAGCCUUCCAUGCCAACAGCUGCAGGAAGGAGAUGUGUGUCUCCCACCUUACCAUCCAGAAACUACUCAGACUCCCAUCCCUGUUGUUACUCCAGACCUUGCUGAUGCCAUGAAGAGGUUUGACUUCAAUGAUGACCCAGUAGAAGGAGGCCCUGGUGCAUACUCAGCACCCCCUAGUGCUACUUUCCCACCACACACUCACCGCACAGUCUUCCUCUCACCACCUGCAUCACCUUCAAAGAAAAGUCGAGAUGUUCGUGGGACUGGGGGAGCCAUUGGAGGUGCUGAGGGUGGAGGCAACCGUGCUCGAAGGCCAAUGAACGGAUUCAUGCUCUUCGCUAAGCAUCACAGGCUUCGGCUUAUUCAGCAGUACCCUGGCAAAGAUAACAGAGCCAUUUCAGUUGUCUUGGGUACCAUGUGGAAGUCACUACCAGAAGAAGACAGAGAGAAGUUUAAUGCUGAAGCUCGUGCACAGGCUGAGGAAAGAAAACGGAUUGAUCCUGAUUGCUGGAAGAGAAAGCGCUCCCACUCGACCAGCUAAAAACAUUUUGUUUUAGGGUUUGUAAAAAGUAGAAAAUCAAUAUUGCUCCUAGCACAACUUGUAGCCUCUAAAGAGAAAAAUGAAAUUGUCAAAGAUAUUUACCAAAUCUUUAUUUUAUACUGCCCCGUAUGUCUAUGGUGGCAGGCUUGGGUGUAUUGAAUUAAAUAAGUCUUGUUGCAACUGCUCAGUGUUAAUCAAUCGACUGUCUGGCUUUAUAUUUUUCUCACUCUUCAUCUUUGUUAGAAAGACUGAAGGCUUUAUACUGUUCCAGCAAAAGCUUUCAGAUAAAUGGAAUAUGUUAGUGCUUUAAUAUGUUUUGAAAUUAGAAGAAGCACUCUUUGGGCAGUUCCAGAACUUUUUAUGAAUCUGGCUUAUUGUUGGUCAGGAUGUUCCUGAUGUGUAGGUGUUGAGAAAGCCAGAUUGCACAUUUUUUAUAGUAAUGUGCAAUAGUAUUUUGGAGUUUUGAAGGAACUUCAAAUAUACUUAUGUUUUUUUUUUUUUAUUAUUUACAAGUGAUGCUGCAACUGAAAUAUCAAGGAACAAGUAUUAUCAUCAUAUUUAUAUUUAGUUGAUAAGGUUUAAGGUUUCUGAGUAUUCUCCUCAUACAGUGGUAAAUGAUCUCUGUAUUACCUUUUCCAGGGGUUAAUAGCAGUCUAUACUUAUUGUAUUUAUUUUCACUUUACUUAGUAUGCUCUACUUUACCAACAUCAAGUAUUGACCAUUUCAAAUGCAGUAUUUUAUUAUUUUGUAUGAGAUUUUUUUGAACAAUUUUUACUUGAAUGUGAUUUGCUCAGCUGAUGGUUAUUUUAUAACUUUUGGUAAAGGGGCAAUAUUUGCAAGAUAUCUCAUCACAGUAUUAGUUUUGUGGUAUUUAAAAAGUUGUGUUCAGAUUAACAGAUUGUCUUAAACUUGGGUUUCUUCCCAAGUGGCAUAAACCUUGAUCCUAGAAUGAAUUGCCCUCUCUGUUGACCAUGAUAUUUGACCGUGCUUCCUUGUAAGUCCCGGUAACUGCUCAGUUUAAAUUGUAGCUCAUAUUUGUAGUGCUUGCCUACCAGCCUUAGAAGUUCUUCAUUCCUCUCCUGAUUGUUGAUAGAGUUUUGCCUCUUUUAAUAUCUCGAAUGACAGCUCUCAGGCACAUCAAGAAUCAAUUAUAUUAGGAUAUAUGCCUUAUUUGAAUGUGAUAUUAGGAGAGUCAGGAUCUUUAAGACAGGUACCAAGGCAAUUGCUUGUUGGUCCUGUGUCAAACUUCGAUAUUUUUAAGGUACAAGUGUUGCCUUCAAUUAACAUAUACUCAUUGGCUAUUCUGCAAUACUUAUCAUAUAUAAUAAAUUAAUUUCCUAUAGGUUUCAGUCUAAGGCUGAUCACACACCAAAGUAUUAUGCCAAGUCAAUGACUUGCUAUUGACAUGUCCUUAAUGUGCAUUAGUUCACACCAGAAUGGUUUCAAUUGACUUUUUUCUUAGGUGAUGAUUGAUAAUGCUGUAUACUCUUAGGACAAAAGGGCAGAAUAUUGUUUUAAUGUUCUGGGCACAUACAUUGUCUAAUUCAAGUAAAUCAAGCAUUUAAUAUUAUUACCAAAUUGAACCACAACCUACAGAAAUUACCACCUAUUAGCAGAAGUGUUGGCACACUAACAACUAAGAUGGCCAUGAAAUACUGCUUAGCUAUUCCUCCUAAGGAACAUCUAUUGGUAACUCUGAGGUAAGUGGAAAGACAGGCCAAAUUUUACUUACCGGGUAAUUUCUGUUUUACAGAUGGGUUGCAUUUGAAAAUUCAUAUAAUUUCUUUGAAAUAACUCGUUUUGUUGAGUUCUUGUUUUUAAAUUUUAAUUUCUUAUUUUGUGUAUACAGUUUUCACAGUACUUCAAUGCAUAUAAUAUUCAUAUCCAGGGCUACUGCAUUCCAUGCCUUUCAUGUUCUUUAUUGCUGUAGUCUUUUAAAAAAUAAUUGUUCAACACUCGACUUUGUUCACAACAUUGCAUGAAUUUGUUUUAAGAAUGUUUUCAUCUUUCACUCCUCUCAGCAAACCUUUCUCUCAGAAGUGUGUGAAUCUACUGAGCUAAGUGAUAGUAAUGCAACACAAAUUAUUGAAAACUGUGUCCAUUUCAGAGUUUUUCAGUGAUGUGAUAGUGACAGUUUUCUCAUCACUAGUGUGUAUCAUUUUCACUGACAUUAAGGUUUAACAGCAGCAUGACAUGUCUGAAGCAUAAUGAUGACUUGUUACUGUCACUUUGGUGUGUGUUUUGCCGAAAGCAAUUUUCAUUAGAGUUGUAAGGAACCAUGGAAACAAAAGUGAAGAUUAUACCCUUAAUAAUGUGAUAGCUGGUAAGUUUUGUCUUAGUAAAAUGCUUUGCCCUCACUCUCCAAAUUAUAUAUGUAAUUUGGUAGGUUGUUGAAUGGCUUCUGAUUUUCCAUAGAAAAUGCUCUCCCUAUUGAGACCAGUUUUGUAAAAGAUAAAAUGCUUGUACAGGCAACUUUGACUGUUCAUCAUCUAAUGAGAGUCUUAUUAUGUAGAACAGUUUAAGCACAUCUAAAGCAAAUUUGCAAAUAAAAAUCUCACAAUCAUUUUGUAGGACCAGGAAGUGCAACAAGGACACAACUUAUGAACCUGUCCCCCAUUUAAGAAGCUCAAUUACUUAGCUAGAACCCCCUGUCUUUAACAUAUUUCAUUAAAAAAAUGUGGGGACCUAGUUUUAUCUUGACAUAUCCACAUGGUUUCCAUGCACUAGGUUUAUUGUCAGAAUUGGUCUUUGGGAAUAGAAAAAAUAUAUACCGUACUGUGUAUUUACUGUAUACUGUAUAUACAUAUAUUUACACAUUUGCAUAUAUCUGUACAUACAUUAAUGAAGUAAUUCAGAAACAAGCUUUUGUGGGCUUAAAAGACAAACCCUGAGGGAAUUGUAAUAUGGGAGUGGAAAAUACUUAGCAAGCUGCACCCACAAACCUUUCCCAGCCAAAAGCUUACUUUCUCAAUGAAGGAACCUCCCAUGCCAAGCUUUGAUUUCUUGCAGCAGACUGAUUGCCCAGAUUAUUAGUUAUAGUAUACUUUAACUGCACAGAAAAAUUUACAGAUACACUAAUUACAAUCCAAACAUUUUCUUGCUCAUUGAUGAAGUAAAAUAAAAGAAUAACUGAAAAUUUGAAUACAAAAUCUUACUGUAUAUUUUAUCACUUAAAUUGCACUAAUGUCACCCAGCACUGAAACAUUAGGUCACUCAAUGCUGCUUUUUAUAUUGUAUUGUAUUUCUUUCAGUAUGGUAUACUUACUUCCUUCAUAAAGUUAAUUCUGUCUUCAGUAUUAAAUGGAUCACUCAAUAUAUUUUGCACACGACUAUGUAUCAAAUUUCUUCUUAUUUUAAUACCAUCUGCUUUACAGUUAUGUAGGCCUGGGUGUUCUUUCCAUGAGGAAGCCAUGUGUCUUGUAUUAGCCAUUACUUGACUGAAGAUCUUCCUUCAGAUUUUAAUGUGCAGAUGUAUUAAGACAAAGUACCUCAUUAUCUUUUAUUUUAUAAACAUCCAUCAGAUAGAUAAACUGUACAGGUACAGUGUUUACAAAAUGAAAAAGUCUAAUUUUAAUAAGGCCAGUAUUCAUAUGAUGGGAAAAGGUUAUGCUGUUUCUAGCCAUCAUUUAAGAUGAUGAUCCUUAAGAAACACUUUUAAAAUUCAAUUGAUCACAUACAAUAAAUUACCAUGAAUUUUUUUAAUACAGGUAUAUUUAAUGAAUGGCCUGUAGCUGGCCAUACACUCUUUUGAGUUUGUUAAUUUUAUUAUUUACUUAUUUAUUUAAUUUUAUUUUAUAUUGAUUUUUUCCUGCUGGUGAAACUGGAAGGGGACCUUGGUGUAACCUUAAUUCAUCCACCCGUCCGUCCGUCUGUAUGAUGUUCCAUCCAUCUGUAUGUUCAUAAACAGCAUCAGUUUAUUAACUACUGUAUAGAUUUUACUCAUGUAUUUAGCUCAAAUGUAAAGAAUUAUACCUAAUACACAGAUGCUUGUCAAACAAAUUUUUUAUUAGAUUGAAAAUGGUAAUUUGGCGGGCAUUUUUCUUUUGUAGCAUUGGCAGGGAACAUUUAUUGUUGUGCAAUACAUUAAUUGCUUAUUGUUUUAAUAAGUCAGUGAAGCUUAAGUAAAUAGUACAGUACCCCUAAAUUCCCCUAAAGUUGGGUUAACAAAAAAAUUCUGACGAUGACCUCUGCAGACAACUUCACAUUGUUACACCAACCCAGUCUAUGAACAAACCUAUCAAUCAUCUUGAAAGGGCAGCCAAGGUGCCCUCAAAUCUUUCUUCUUGUUGUAACUAGGUCUACCCUUUUAUUCAAAUGCAGUACAGUAGUGGAUCCUUGGAAAUAGGAGUAUCCCCCUUAGACAUCAGGUAUUUGAAACUGACAUGUUAUGCACAAUACCUCACUCAGUCACCAAACACAAACUAGGAAGAGAAGCUGUUUGCUGAAACCAAACCACCCUUUUAUGAUGAAAUUUAGGUUCUUUCACUGUAUGUUGGGUUAAUGUAAUCACAUUGAGUUAUCCAUUUUAGUUUCAGGCAUAAAACAGGAUUUCAAGAUUUAAUCCCCAUUUCUUUCCAUGUUUUAUUUGCAUGUUUUAUAGUUACCCUUUUUAACAAUGGUAAUUGAUUCAUGUACUAGGACGAGUGAAGUAAAUUAUGUAAGACUUUUUUAUUGUUAUUUAUUAUAUUAAAUAUAUGUAGAUAAUUGGAAGCCAGAAUAAUUGUGAAAUGUAUAUGUGCCAGUUUGCUGUGAGUAUGGGAAAAGUCAGCCUUAUGAAACGGUAGUCCCAGGGGGUGCAACUGUGGGUAAUAUGACAUAGGCUCUUAUUUACUUUUAGCAAAGAACUGUACAAACAUUUUGUCCUGUACAAUCAUGGUUCAAUAAUAAGUAAGCUCAAAGCAGAGGAGAAAGGAGUGAGGCAUUUGGGUAGCUUAAGAGUGGGGACUCCUUACUUGCUGCCUUGUGCUCGUGUGUCGUAAGUCUUUCAAAAGCACAAAUAAUGUGUAUAGAACAAACUAGUUUUUGUUCAUAACCUAAAUAUAUAUUGAUAACUAUUUUUCUACUCUUACCCUGAAUCUUCCCUAUUUCCUGCAACUAUGUUGAUUGUAAAUUACUACUGUUAUAAACAAGGUCUCGUCCUGAAAUUUAUAACUGUUACAUAUAGUAGCAGAUAUAUAGAGAAUCAUAUUAUGUGUUUUAUUGGAAAGAAAUUUUAAGUGAUAGGUUAAGAAGUUAAAUUUGCUCAGAAAGUAGUAGUCUGUUAGAUAAUAUUAAGCUUGACUUAAUGAGCUCUAGCACAUUAUUAUCCUGCCAAUUCUGAGGUGAUCUCAGCAGACGCAGUUGUGUCUUUCAUCUGUCCUCAAACCCCUGUCAGGAAGACCAGGAGAGUAAAGCCAAAUUUUUAUCUUUAACAUAGCUAUUUCUGUUUAGAUACUUCAUUUUCAUUGGCUGAAAUUCCAUUAUGAGAGGCAUUUCACCAAUCAGCUAUCUGUGUUUCCGAAACAAAAUUCGGUUAUGCUUAAUUGGAAAGUGGCAAAGGUAUUCUCACCAGCAACUGCACUGAUGGCUGUAAGAGUUCUUAGGCAUCACAGUUAAGUGCCCCAUCCUGUGUAUGAUUAAUAACAGGAAAUCAGACAUCCCAGUGUUACAGUAUUUACUUCAUUCCAAAGUAUGAGGUAACAAAUCUGGCAUUUGCAUGACAAUGAAUUAGAGGUGUGCGGUAUGGCACAGUGAGAAUGCCCUUACUAGUGUAGUUCACGUGAUCUCAGUGUAGAGGGUGUCAUGAUCCUGUGACUGUUACUGCAGUAGCAUGGAUUAACUGUCUAUAUUAUACCGUGGCAAACUGUAGCUGAGGCUCUCGGUAUUAUUUUAUUUGUUUUCAGGUCAUAAAAACUUUCAAAUUUCCUGUGUUUGAAUGAAAGACAAUUUGUAUCUUUUGAAUAUAUUUAUUGCCUCAACUGCAUUUGUCAUAGCUAUAUUGUAUGCUUUAAAUGUUUGAUAUAAUCAAUUAGAGUAUGUUUUUUUGUAAACGUAAAACACAUUUUAUAAUGUGGUUAAUAUUUGUUUUAAGUCUUGACAAUCACACAAUGUAAAGAUAACUAUAUUUUUAUCAUUGUGAUUUUAGUGUGAUUGUGGCCUGGGAUAUGAGGAGUAUUGUGGUGUUCAUUUCUAUGUUCAUAAGCUGUAAGGAACCCUACCCCUCAAACUGACACCCAGCCUCAAUUAGUAGAGAACUAUUACUGUUGUCCCAGGGUUAAUUUUUGGGCGACGGCACUAAGGCUGGAAUAAGAGCAAGUACAUGAUAGUUGCUCGUCACCAGCAUCCAGGCCAUCCACAACUGUAUACCUGUCUCCUGUUCAUAUAAACGGACACACUUACGUUGCUGCUCAAUUUGGCCACAACCACAGCUACACCAUAGUUUUCACCAUAGCUCCAGUGUUGUGAUGUUCACGGGUAGUGUAUGAACAGGACUGGUGUUGUCAAGUGCGAGAUGCCGUCAAAAGAAGGGUCUGUCUGAUCUCACUACUGUAGGUUAAGAAUGAAGAUCUUAAGUGAUAGCCAAUAUAUGCUGUUUUCAGUGUAAUUACUAGUAUUAUUGUUAGCACUUGAAUGAAGUGCUUUUUUUUUUUGUAUAUAUUCUUUAUAUGCUGUAAGCCUCAUGUUGUAUUUGACUGGCACUGAGAAAUAUUUUUUUGUACUACAUGCUGAUUUUAUGUUGAAAUUAACAGAUAUCAGGUUUAAAAUACUUACAAACUAGUUAGUAUUUUUCUGGGAUUGUAAGAAAAUUUAAUGCUCUUGAUAUUUAACUCCCUUUUGUCGAGGCUUAUGGCCUGGUAAAGAACAUAAUCACUUUGGGUAGUGUUGCUUGUGGUCAUUUGCUGGGUACACUGAAGUUAGUGUUGCUAUCAACCAAUAAUGAGCCAUUUUGAAACUAAUGUUAUCAGCAACAACAAAAUUUACACAUAAAGAGUAGUUGCAGUGUUGAGUUAUAUCAUCACUCGCAACAAAGGUGUAUUGAGGUAGUGCUCAUGGCAAUAACUAACAAAGUACUGUAUGCUGAUCAUAAUGUCCUCAGCACCCACUACCUGGAUAGCCUCUUUUUUCCCCCUGUGAUGUUAAGGGAGAAAGAUGUGAUGUUAAGGAUGGAGACAGCAGUCACUAGCAUUUCUAACCACUAUUAUGGCCAUCCAUAUUGGUGCAAUGUAUUCAUUCAUCCUUAUAUCACUUCUUGUAAUUUAAGUUCCGUACAAUUGGCCUCUAUAUUAAGUUUCAUAAAAAAAUUCAGAUAAUGUGCACAAAUAUAUUGUAGAUUAUAUAAAUCCAGGGUGUUAAUUUCAUAUAACAAAUUCUGUGAUUAGAUAGUGACCUGAAUUUAAUUAAUAAAGCAGCAGAGAAUUUUAGAAGUGCACAAGCAAACACAAUUAGCACACCUGGCAAACUUUUUUAGAAGCCAUAUUUUCAUUGUCUUCCGAUGUUUGCCAAGUUGGCUCUCCCAAUUAAUGUGGUUCCUGAAAGACUGAGAUAAAAUUCUUGUGGGGUAAAAAGUUGUCAAAUACAUUUGCUUCUCCAUCCCAGUGGGAAGAUUUGCUUAAGUAGGUGAAGGUUGGUGACAGUAUAUGGCAAGGAUCAGUGGAGAGAAGUGUUUAUGACUUGGUUGUCUUUGUUACUUUAGAAAAUGAUUUAAGAAUUUAGCUGAGAAUGUCUCCUACUGCUUUACAAUUGGUUAUCAGGCCUCAGUCACUGCUGCUGCUUGCCAUACCCACUCUGAACAGGGCUUGGUGUCAGAAGCUCAGUACACAUUCUUCUCUUGAGUGUUGAUAUCUACUGACGGAGGCCAAUAGCACCAGGAGUAUUAUUUGUAAAUUCUGUUGUGUAUAGGUGUUGCAUGCAUGACAUUGUUUUGAAUGGUAUUAAUUUGGAAGAUAUUUUGUAUAAAGAAAAUACUCUCCUAUAUGAUGUCUUUUGUGUAACAAAAUAAAGAAAACAAUACCA